AUGUCUAUCAUUGACUUUGUUUCGUCGUAUGUCUCCGAUAUCAACUAUCGUCCUUGUAUUAAGCAGGAAUAUUCGACAAUAGAAAAAAGACUAGCAAGUUUUGAAAAGUGGCCUGAUUAUAUUGAACAAAAACCACAAGAUCUUGCCGAAGCAGGAUUUUAUUAUAAAGGUGUGAGUGACCGUGUUUACUGUUUCUACUGUAAUGUUGGUCUUUGCAAUUGGCAGAAAGAAGAUAUACCUUGGAACGAACAUGCCAUGCGGAUGCCAUCUUGCCCCUAUGUCUUUAUAGAAAAAGGUAUAAAAUUUAGUGAAAAAAUGAUUGACAAUAUUCAUUAUACAAAUGAAGAUGAUCUCUUAUUGGAAUUGGAUAUUGUUAAAUAUGUAAUUGUGAUAUUCAUGAUGUAUACUAAGGCAGAUAAAGAGAUGAUCCGGAUUACAGAAGAGGAUAAAGAGAUAAUCCGUAAUCAUUUUUGUCAUGAAAUACAUAGAAGGAACACGUUCAUCAAACAACUUAAUAGAACUGAUGUACCCAUCAGCCAGUCACUAUUGGCCAAAGCUGGAUUCUUCUAUAUUAUGGGACAUGAGACUUUGAAAAAGGUGAUACAUUCUCGUGCAAUUGAUUUCACGACAAAAGAAAAGAGAGUAGCAAGCUUUCGUACCUGGCCUGAAAAUGUUCAUCAAAAACCACAAGCUCUUGCCGAAGCUGGCUUUUAUUAUAAAGGUUUGAGUGACCAUGUUCAUUGUUUUCACUGUGAUGGUAUUAUUCGCAAUUGGGAGAAAGAGGAUAUACCUUGGAAUGAACAUGCUAAAUGGUAUCCAAAUUGUAACCAUCUCAUUUUAGAGAAAGGAAAAGAAUUUGUUAACAAUAUCCAAGAUCAACUUAAACCAUACAACUCAUAUAGUAAUAAGGAUCAAACUAUAUCAGAAAUUAAACUAUACCACCCAUAUAUUGUAUUUACAAUAGACGAACCAGAUAUAAAAGCUGUAUCCAAUGCAGGAAAAAUGGAAGACCAUGCAUCUCUAGAAGCUAAGCUGUAUCCAAUGCAGGAAAAAUGGAAGACCAUGCAUCUCUAG